AUGGACAUCGAGCAGGUUCGGAAUCUCUUGAAGGAGACUCAAGCGACCGUCGAUCUAUACUUGUCCACCGGAAACGACGACGCCAGAAUCGACGCCCAAGAAAAGGCGGAACAGCUUGCACGCACGCUAGAGCGGCCGAAAGAUGCUGUUCUCAAGUUGGCCUAUUCUCCAACGAUAUUGACAGCCGUCAAAGCGGCUCAUGAUAUGAACUUAUUCGAAGUUCUAGCGAACGCAACAUCGCCCGUAACCCUGUCUGAGCUGGUCGCAGCAAAGCCAGCCGAUCCUCUUCUCGUUGAGCGCAUUUUACGGCUAGUAGUUGCCAACGGGUUUGCGAAACAGACCGCACCGCGUGAAUAUUUACCCACAAGCCUAUCGAAAGAAAUGACGAAGCAAGGCCCUGUGGCAACUAUCGAGUCCAUGUUCAUAGAAAUGCUCCCUGCAUUGAACAAAGUCCCCGAGUAUCUCCAGAAAACGAACUACCGUAAUCCAGAUGACCCGAUGGCCACGGUGAUACAGCACACAUACGAUGUGAAAACCGACGGCUUCACGUGGCUGAGUCAGAAUCCAGCCGCGUUCGCACGAUUCAACAGCUUCAUGGGGGCCCAAAGGGCGGGUCGGCCGCACUGGGGCGAUUGGUUUCCUGUGGAAGAACGAAUAUUGACGCAUCCGGCUCUCUCUUCUCAGACACCUCUUAUAGUGGAUAUCGGAGCCGGACGGGGGCAUGACUUGAUGGGGUUUAAGACACGAUUCCCACAUGCAACGGGCAGGCUCAUAUUGGAAGACCUGUCGCGGGUGAUAGAAGAGGUAAACGGGCCCGAGCUGGAGACUUUCGAGAUUGAGACAGUUGUGCAUGACUUUUUUGCGGAAGCGCAGCCUAUUUCAGGAGCUCGGGUGUACUAUUUCAAGAAUGUCCUGCAUGAUUGGUCCGAUGAACAGGCGGCGAUAAUAUUCAAGAAUCUGAAGCCGGCGAUGAAGAGAGGGUUCUCGAAGAUCAUCAUGGAGGAGUACAUAUUGCCUGAUACCAAUGCCCGGUCGCUCCCUUGUAUGACUGAUCUUUCCGUUAUGAUGUUUUGCGCAGGGUUAGAGCGCACCCGUCAAAGAUGGACUGAGUUGCUGGAGUCUGUUGGGCUGCAGGUGGUCAAAUUCUGGAUGCGCGAGGGCGAUGAGUUGGGAGUCGUGGAGGCAGCACUGGCGGAAGAAUGA